AGAGGGCAGGCCUUGGGCCUGGCCCAUAAAGAGGGGUCCCCCGUGCCCGCGGCUCCUCUGGCUCAGCCGCCUCCUUGGUUGCCCCACAGUGCCAACCCCAAGCCCAGGACACCUGCCCUGCUUCAGCAAGAAUGGCCGCCAGGAACAUGCUGUGGGUGGGCCUGGUUCUACUCGGGGUCCUGGGGACGCAGGCCAACGACCCGAACUCUGCGCAGCCCCACUUCCUGAUUGACAAGUUCCUGGGCCCCUGGUACAGCGUGGGCCUGGCCUCCAACGCCAGCUGGUUCCUGGAGAAAAAGAACACGCUGUCCAUGUGCAAGACCACGGUGGUGCCCUCCGGGGACGGCGGCCUGAACCUCACCUCCACCUUCCUCAGGAAGAACCAGUGUGAGACGCGGGUGGUGCUGCUGCAGCCCACGGCGCACCCCGGCCAGUACACCUACCACAGUCCUCACUGGGGCAGCGUCCACUCCGUCUCGGUGGUGGAGACCAACUACGAGGAGUACGCGAUGCUGUUCAGCAAGGGCCUCGAUGGCCCCCACCAGGACUUCCGCAUGGCCAGCCUCUACAGCCGCACCCAGACCCCAAAGGCUGAGCUGAAGGAGGAUUUUGCUGCCUUCUGCAAGUCCCAGGGCCUCACAGAGGACACCAUUGUCUUCCUGCCGCAGCCUGACAAGUGCAUCAAUGAGCAAGAAUAGGAGAGCCAGACCACCAGCCAGCUUACGCGCCCGCCAUGCCUUCGCUGCUCUGCUCCUUCCCCGAGACCCCGGGCUCCCACAGCGCCUCUGUCCCCCAGCUUGGCCCUGGCUCUGAGGAAUAAACUCUGGAAGCAAGUCAGA